AUGAGUAAACCAGAUCUAGGAGAUAACGAUCAUCAACAUAAUCAAGUCUUAACAGACGCUGAGAGCCAUAUUAAACAAGCUUGCGAGAUGUUACAACGAGAAGCAGUAAGACUUCGCCACGAGCAGAGAGCUAUCGACGCCAUGUCGAAGAAGUUGGAACAUGUUCACUUUUCUUCAACAAUACAGCUAAAUGUUGGCGGUCAUCGCUUCACCACAAGUCUCCAAACGCUGACCAAAGAUCCAAAUUCGAUGCUGGCUGCCAUGUUUUCCGGGAAGUUUGAGAUGAAGCCUGCUGAUGACGGCGCUUUCUUUAUCGACCGAGAUGGAACACACUUCCGGUUUAUACUCAAUUACCUUCGUAAUGGGGAGUUGAUUUUACCAGAAGGUGCAACAUUUCUGAAAGAACCCAAAGCUGAAGCCAAGUUCUACCAGAUCCAAGGGAUAUUGGACGAGUUGGUGCCUAAAGCUCCGCAGAAUUUCGAAGAAUCAGUAAUUCUGACGACUGAAGAGCACCGAAGCGUGCUGAGCGGUUGGUUGCCUCAACAGUACGGCAAAUGGCAGCUUCUGAUGCGAGCUUCUCAAGAUGGCUUUCAAGCUCAAACCUUCCAUUCCAAAUGUGACAACAAAGGGCCCACUGUCACCAUCGUGAAGAGCGGAAACAACAUUUUCGGUGGAUUCACUGAAAUAUCGUGGCGCAGUAAGUACAUUAAUUAGUUGUGACAGGGUUAAUUUAAGGUAUUUUUGGCCGCAUUUAGCGGGGUUGAAUAUAAAUUUUAAUUUAAAGUAUACAAAAAAAUCCGUAAAAUAACGGGAAAGUGGAAAGAGACAACAAGAAGUGAAAAGGAAAAUAAAAAGCUGGCUUAAGAUCUCUGUAGAAGAUUUAAAGUUGAGGAAAUCAUUAUGAAAUAUUAAUAGCCUUUCAAAUGUUUUUAAAUAUAGCAGGUAAUUUAGUGUUAACAACUGGGUUGAAAAUGUAAAUCAGCCACCGUAAAGGGUAAAAAAGCUGACGUUUCGAGCGUUAGCCCUUCGUCAGAGCGAUUGAUAUAGACAGUCGAGCAUUGCAAAUGAUAAACAUGAAUAAACGUAAACAAUAAUUCGUUCAAGUCGAUUUUAAAGGUGGGCUAUGUCUACUUAAGGUUGACUCGUUGUUUCUAUGUUUUAGCUUAAGUCAUAGAAAACAAGUACAACAAAUUGGUUUUAAAAGGAAGAGGUGUCUCUUUAGCGCAGGAGGCUCGACGUUGUAAGCAUGAAUAUUAGGGCUGAUAGAGUCCCUCUUCCCAUGCCCCUGUUCUCGAUUGGACUCUUUCAAAAGCACAUGUAAGUGUGUAGAAAGGAUGGAAGAGGGAGGAGGGUAGUAGUCGAGAUCACCGCCGUUUCUUUUUGGAUAUGAUGUAAAGCUGCUUUAGAAAUAUAACAGUUGAACACUAUUCCAAAAUUUGCAUCAAUAUAAGUUUUGGUUUUUCUUCUCUGAAACAGGUCAGGGUUGCCACGUGCGCUGCUCACAGUCAUUCCUAUUCAGCAUGAUGAAUCCGAAAGGAGUGGCUCCGAGUAAAAUGCCUCUUGUAAAUCAGCAGACUGCCAUUUUCUGUGAUAGCAACAGUGGGCCAACAUUUGGAGAAGCGUUAACGUUUGACUUACAUAUAUCAAAUAACGCAAACACAAGUGGUGAAAGUAACAGUAUUCUCGGCCACUCGUAUCAGCUUCCCACCGGACAGCAGAACAAAUUCUUCACGGGAGCUCAAUAUUUUAAUGUGACGGACUACGAAGUCUUUGGAAUCUGCUAA